UAACAUGCGAGAUCCGUAGAGCCGACUCCACUGCGCGGUCGCAUUCCGCCCCGACUUCCCCUCUGCCAGCGGCCUGGUGGUUUGAGAUGAGUAGAAGAUGUCGGUUUCGGGGCUGAAGGCCGAACUGAAGUUUUUGGAGUCAAUUUUUGACCCAAAUCACGAACGAUUCAGAAUAAUAGACUGGAAACCCGAUGAACUUAGUUGCCAAUUCAACGUGACGGGAGAGAAGCUGCUGAUCAUUCAUUGCAACAUCACGGAAUCCUAUCCCUCAACACCACCAAUAUGGUUUGUUGACUCUGAUGAUCCUAGUCUGGCUGAAGUGUUGGAGCGUUUAGAGGAUGUGAGAAAAGGCAGCACAUUGCUUCUUCAGCAGCUGAAGCGCCUCAUUUGCGAUCUCUGUCGGCUUUACAACCUGCCACAACAUCCAGAUGUGGAAAUGCUGGACCAGCCUCUUCCUGCUGGCCCAAUUACCCAAGACCGAAAGCAUGGGCCAUCAGAUGAGGUGACAUCUGAAGAGGAGGAGGAGGAAGAAAUGGGAGAGCAGGACAUUGAUCUGGACCAAGACCUGGACCAUUAUGACAUGAAAGAAGAGGAGCCAGCAAGUGGGAAAAAGUCCGAAGAUGAUGGGAUAGAAAAAGAAAAUCUGGCCAUCCUGGAGAAAAUCCGUAAAAACCAGAGACAAGAUCAUUUGAAUGGUGCAGUCUCUGGCUCAGUGCAAGCCUCAGACCGCCUAAUGAAGGAACUCAGGGAGAUCUACAGGUCACAGAGUUACAAGACAGGUAUUUAUUCAGUCGAACUAGUCAAUGACAGCCUUUAUGAAUGGCAUGUCAAGUUAAGGACGGUAGACCCAGAUAGUCCAUUACAUAGCGACUUGCAGGUCUUAAAAGAAAAAGAAGGGGUGGACUACAUUCUGCUCAAUUUCUCUUAUAAAGAUAAUUUUCCUUUCGACCCACCUUUUGUACGGGUCAUCUCACCUGUGCUCUCCGGAGGUUAUGUUCUAGGGGGAGGAGCCUUGUGCAUGGAACUUCUCACAAAACAGGGCUGGAGCAGUGCCUAUUCCAUAGAAUCUGUCAUUAUGCAGAUAAAUGCAACUCUGGUUAAAGGAAAAGCCAGAGUGCAGUUUGGAGCCAAUAAGAACCAGUACAAUCUUGCCAGAGCACAACAGUCAUACAAAUCCCUGGUGCAGAUACAUGAAAAGAACGGCUGGUACACACCACCUAAAGAAGACGGAUAAGGAGCUACUACCACUAUGCACUGGGAACAUGUCUUUGGGUCAUCUUGUUUUCUUUGGAAUAUUUUCCCCUCUCUGACUUACUGGGAAUUUAUCAUCUUUCUCGCGGAAACCAUCUCGUUGGCUCAUCUGACAAGUACUCCUUCACCCCCACUCCGGGAAAAGACUUUAUUCUGGUCUCACCUUGCUUCUCCCCUCAGUGUUUUAGUGAGGAGGAGGAGGAUGUGAGGGUAUCACUAGUCCUGUUUUCUAAAUAUGCUCAUUGUCUUUUGGAAAAAAAAAAAACAAAAAAAACUUUUCUCCUUUAAAUGCGGGGAAAUGCUUUUUCUUUAGCUGCUUUGACAAAGUGGGCUUCACAGUCAGUUACCCCUCCUUAAAAUGGAGAUUUCAAAAGAAGAUUGACACUGAAGCUCUUGAAGUGGCACCUCAUCACAUGUUUUUAUUGACUGCGACUUUUUUUUCUUCUUUUUGGAAAUUAACUGGUACAUAAAAGCAAAUAUUGUCUUUAGAAAUAUUAUUUGGGUAUUGUUUUUCUUAUUCGAGCAUCCUAGACAAUAAAUGAGCUGAUUUCACAUUUUGAAAACUUAAAAUUAAGGUUACCUGCUACUCGGUAUCUUUUAGCUCUUACUUUGUAAAAUGUGUGACAAAUAUUGGGCCAAGCAGAAUCAAAAUGCUGCAGUGUUGUUGAACUAAGAUCAGCUGUCGUUGAACAAAUCAGCCAGUGGUCAAAAAGAAAACAAGGCCAAUGGUUAUAUCUCAGAAUCUGCACAUUGUAUAUCUUGGGAAGAAGAUAUAUGAUUUAUUUUUGCCAGAAGAUGAGUGUUAUGACAUUUUGGAGGUUCCAACAGGCCUAACUAUGAAGCUGAAGGGCUCUUUUUGCCUUAUUUCUGUUCACGGCCCUGCAAGUGCUAUUGGUCUUUCAACUGAUUAUCGCUGUAGAGGUUGACUGCUAGUUUGAUGCUUGUGCAAAGUUAACAGCAUGUUGUACAGGAGCCUCAUCUCAACCGCUGUUAUAAAACAAUAGUUGGACUUGAUUGCAGUCACUUUGUUGAGCAGAACUGCUGGGAUGGGCUUUACGGGGGAAAUAAAUUGAGGUUCUCUUGGAUGUUUGAUCUUUCGUCAUUCUGCCCAUUUUUACAGCAGAUUUGUUGCAUCUUCCUGACACAAAUCCAUUUGCAGUGGUUUGCCCCCGCCUGUUUGAAACUGCUGCCCUGUUACUUGACAUCACUUGUAGGGCUUCCUUUGCCACCACAGUCUACCACAGAUGUGUUCUGACGUUGCUUUUGGAGACGGAUCAUUCUGAAGUGUGAUGAAAACUGAACCUGAAACUCAGAAUACCUGUAUGAAACUGUACAUUUUAACUUUGACCAUGCAAUAUACUGUAGUACGCUACCAGUACUGCUGUUCCCCAUUCUACAGGACACACACUGUAUCUAUCAAUCCGUUGGCUCUUUUGCAGUUUAUUUGUUAACACUGUCUGCAAAAGUAUGUUUGAAUGGCAACUCAGGUAACAAACAAUACUUAUGAGGGGGAUCUGUACAUGGACAUGCUGAGUUAUAGGUGACUGUGGGAUUAAUUAGUGUUCUGAACCACCAAUGUUUUCGCUCUUUCGCCCACUGAUCUGAUGUCAGAAACAGGAAAUGAAAUAAGCUUUACAAAUAUGGGUCACAUGGUUUUGUAAUUAAAGCUAUGAAAAUUGGAGGAUUGCAGUAGCAUGAUGACCACCCUGUGUAAUGAUUCAUCAAUACCUGCUGUAGUACACAUGGGAUUUUGGUUUGUCUUUAAAUUUUCCUGAUUAAAAAUGUUUGCACAACUGGCGACAGCGUGCCUGGAGAGGUGUUACAACAAAAAACAUGAGCUGAAUGCUUUCAAAUCAGGAAAAAUGCUUUUUUUCUCAGCUCCACAUCCUAUUGUUACAUGUCUGAAGUCUCUGAGGGUGGAGGAAUUAUCGACCUGACGGGCCUGUGUUGUCUGGUGGCACAGAGAAGUUACACCACAAACCUUCUGAAGUUUUAACUACAGUCUCUGCUACAGAGCCUUUACCCAGCCGUGUGAACGCCUCCAUCCAAAAUGCCAAAACUCUGGUCACAGAAGAUAUUAUGUGAUGAAAUUUCACAGUCGUGGUGAUUGGGACUUGCACGCUUCUUUAACUGGACUGUGUGUUGAAAAGAUUCAUUUAUCUCAAUGGUCAAUUCAUUUUCCGGCACCAACAAGCUGAUGAUAGUCUGGCUCUGUUGGCUCGCUGUGGUUUUAUUUUUCAUUUUCCAUUUGAAAAAAAUUUUGACCAUGUACAGUAAUUUGUAAACUUGCAUCAAGUUUAUGAAUAAAGAAUUUUAAGAUUA